CGCUCGGGCGUAUUCUGCAGCCAGUCGCCAUGUUGGAUUUAAAGGGGCAGCGACCACAUUGGGAAGGACCAGAGUGAGGGUUUUUUUCUCUCCCUCUCUCUCUCUCUCUCUGGUUUUCGGGGGCGGGGGUGAAAACGAACCUUAGGCGCAUGCGCGCCCCAUCCUGUGACACGAAGGAGGCGAGAAAAGCAGCAGGUGAGGUUGUAGCUGAAAGACUAUGUCCGCAAUGGUAUAUCCCAGGGAGGAGAAGAUGGAUAAACUGAGCCAGGAGGAGAUAAUCUCCAACACCAGACUCGUGAUGCAGGGGCUGGAGGCCCUGAAGAAUGAACACAAUUCCAUCUUGCAUAGCCUGCUGGAAACCAUCAAGUGUCUGAAGAAGGAUGAGGAGGCCAACCUAGUGCAUGAGAAAGCCAACCUGCUACGCAAGUCGGUGGAAAUGAUCGAGCUGGGGCUUGGCGAGGCUCAGGUGAUGAUGGCUCUGUCAAACCACCUGAAUGCAGUGGAGUCAGAGAAGCAGAAACUGCGGGCUCAGGUGCGGAGGCUGUGCCAGGAGAACCAGUGGCUGCGGGAUGAGCUGGCUAAUACCCAGCAGAAGCUGCAGCGCAGUGAACAAACAGUGGCGCAGCUCGAGGAAGAAAAGAAGCACCUGGAGUUUAUGAACCAGCUGAAGAAAUACGAUGAAGACGUGUCCCCGUCGGAGGAGAAGGAAGGUGACUCCACAAAGGAUUCCCUGGAUGAUUUGUUUCCAAAUGAAGAAGAAGACCAGGGUCAAGGCUUGCCACAUCAGCACAGCAGUGCAGCAGCCGCUGCCCAGCAAGGUGGCUAUGAGAUCCCAGCACGUCUGCGGACGCUCCAUAACUUGGUGAUCCAGUAUGCUUCACAAGGACGCUAUGAGGUAGCUGUGCCUCUCUGCAAGCAGGCUCUAGAAGACCUGGAGAAGACUUCGGGCCACGACCACCCUGACGUGGCCACAAUGCUGAACAUUCUGGCUUUAGUAUAUAGGGAUCAGAACAAAUACAAAGAGGCAGCUCACCUGCUGAAUGAUGCACUAUCUAUUAGGGAGAAGACACUUGGCAAGGAUCAUCCUGCAGUGGCAGCAACCCUAAACAACUUGGCUGUUCUCUAUGGCAAAAGGGGAAAAUACAAGGAGGCAGAACCACUAUGCAAGCGAGCGCUGGAGAUCCGUGAAAAGGUUCUAGGCAAAGAUCAUCCCGAUGUGGCCAAACAGUUAAAUAAUUUGGCACUACUGUGCCAGAAUCAGGGCAAGUAUGAAGAAGUGGAAUAUUACUAUCGCCGCGCACUGGAGAUCUAUGAGUCCAGGCUGGGUCCUGAUGAUCCAAACGUUGCCAAAACGAAGAACAACCUGGCUUCCUGCUAUCUAAAACAAGGGAAAUACAAGGAUGCAGAGGUCCUGUACAAAGAGAUUCUCACGCGAGCCCACGUGAAGGAAUUUGGCUCUGUGGAUGAUGAACAUAAGCCCAUAUGGAUGCAUGCAGAAGAAAGAGAAGAGAUGAGCAAGGGCAAACACAGAGACAGCACUCCUUAUGCAGAGUAUGGCGGCUGGUACAAGGCCUGUAAGGUUAGCAGCCCUACAGUGAACACCACCCUGCGGAACCUGGGUGCUCUAUACAGGCGUCAAGGCAAACUGGAAGCUGCAGAAACUUUGGAGGAGUGUGCUGUGAGGUCACGGAGACAGGGAAUUGACCCCAUUAACCAGACCAAGGUGGUAGAAAUUCUGAAGGAGGGCGAUGGCUCUGAGAGGAGGAGGAGCCGAGACAGCUUGGGAGGCAACGUCAAAUACGAGAGUGCCACAGAUGGUAGCGAGGAAGUGAGUAUGGGCAUGGAAUGGAAUGGGGCUUAAAUGCCUCCUGAGACUCCUCUUCCCCUCCUCCCCCUCCGCUGCAAUCACCUGGAUGCUUGUGCCGUACCUUCCGACUCUUUCCUCCAGUCCAUCCCCCUCCCUCCUGCUGUUCCUGCUCUCCUCAGCAAAGGACUCCAGUUCCCCCCAGCCUUCCAUCUCAGUGAGCACCGAUGAGCAGAGCAGCUUCAGCAGAGGAGUGUCCAGCUCGCAACACACGGCUCCUCUACUGUGUCAGUCGGCAAGAGAACGAGAAGAAUCUCCAUGGAGCUGCCUUCCCCCCUCCCAUACCUGUCAGGGCCGAGCCUCAGCAGGACUCCUCUUGGCCUCUUCAGUUCUCUUCGCAGUGUCUUAAAUGGGGGGAAUGGAUGAAAGGCUCCUCCUGCCUAAUAAUGUUCUGGCUGUUCUGUGCCCUGCUCAUCCUGGCUACAACACACUCACUUUUUCCCUAUAGCCUUCUAAUAUUGUGGAAUUGGUUGACUCUUUUUGAGUUCUUUGUCCCCUCCUUGGUCUUCCUUUGUUCCUUUUUUCCCUUUCCCCUGCUGUGAGGGCAGAGGGGGUGGGGGAGUUCGUAGAUACAAGGGUAGCUAGUAGACACUGUGUGUUCUAUGAAUUGCCUCAGAUUAUUCGGACAGGGACAGGAGGAGUGGGGGAGCGGCGCUCUGUUCUAUCUUUCCCACUGUUUGAUAAAACAUGUGUGUCAAAAUGAUGUUUUGUGUGUCCACGGCUGCUGCUUGAGGCUGGCUUGCCAGCUGUCACAGUGGCUGGCCCUGUGGCCUGUACUGAUGAAGACGGAAGCUGCCCUGUUCUCCCUUUUGGAGUAGCUGGAGCCUGUUCAGUUGCCCCAGGAUGAGCGCAAUGGGGGACGUUAAAGGUACUGAAGGAUGUGCUGAGCCAAAAGAUGAAGAGUUGACUGGUGUGAACUGUAGUCUCCUGGCUGAAAGCGUCAUUUUUUUGAGCUGACUAUGAUCCACCUCUGGGACAGGAUGGGAGACAGGAGAGGUAGGCGUAGGCUGCCCACCUCCUGGUGGGUAAGUUUUUCUCCUGUCUUUGCUGACGAAACUCUGCUGUGGACCAGCUCUUCCUAUAGUACUUCAGGGUACCUUCAUUUAAGAAGAAAAUAUCUCUUUGGCUGAGAAAAAGGGAAGUUUUCCUCAUGCAGCUCCUUUUUCACAAGAGGGCAGGUAAUUGGAUGCAGAAGUGGCGUGACUGCCUUCAGUUUGUCUGCUGCUUGUCUCCCAAAUGUACAAGAGGAAGUAAUUGCAUAUCUACAUCUCUUAAUUUAUUAUCACGAAUGUACAUUUUUUAAUCAUGCUGUUACUCAACACUGGAGUUUUCAACGACCCGGCUAAGUGCCCCAGAAUGAACGCACAGAACAUGUAUGUGUUUUCACUGGUUAAGACAGCAAGUCCAGCUUCUGCUUAUUUAGAAGCAUGGCAUGUGAGCUGGAACCGCAUGUCCCUCACAAGUAGGGUGAAGACUAAAGUAGUUGUGUGCAAGAGCGUGCAGGACACAGACGAGGAGUGCUGGAAGGGCCCAAUAUUCAUUGAUGGGCCUCUGGGAGUUUUCCAGGAGGGGGAACCUGAAGCUCAGCAGUAGAACACCAUCUCUGGCUGCAGAAGGUCCCAGGUUCAGUCCCUGCCAUCUUCACAGUGAAAAGGUUCAGGUUGUUGGUGAUGCAGAAUACUUCCAUCUGAGAUUUCACAGAGCUACUGCCAGUCAGAGUAGACAAUAAUGACCUUGAUACAGCAACAGUCUUGACAGUAUAAAGCAGCUUAGUGUGUGUUCAUAUGAGCCAAUAAAUGAUUCAGGAUGUGCGAGUCCAUAGUGGAAUACAAGUGUCAUGAGAGAGAGUGCCAUAUCAUUGAAUGCAGUGGCGUAGCGUCAAGGGGAAGGGGGAUACGCGAUGCACCAGACACGCACUGGUGCGGGGGCGCACACGUGCCCCUGUCACAGUUCCCCCUCACUCUGGCCCUGAUUGAAUGCAUGAGGGCUUGACUUUGUAGUGAGCUGUAGUGAGGAAGAGGGAAGAGAGAGUAUUCCCUCAGGAAUUUAGGCACAGGGUGGGUCUUACAGGGUGUGGUGGAAAUAUUUCUGUGGGGUAUGAAUUUAAAGUUAGAACGUGAAUGUGGUACGGUAGAAACUGUUCAGAGGGAAGCAAAAUGUCAAGAUGCCAAUUAGAAGAGAAUUGUUGGAUUUGUGUGUGUGCACCAGCAGAAUAGGAAAGUAAAGUUGGAAAAGCCUAGGAAUGUGUUGGUAAAAGUCUGCUGAGAUGUAAGUCUAGUAAUGCCUGGAGAAAACUGGAUGUUGGGAUUUUUUUAACUGUGAAUCUGGUUUCUAAAUGGUGGAGGAUAGUUUGCUCUUAACUUGGUCAAUAUAAGUCUCCUUAAAUGUCUGAGGGGUGACCUGAUGCUUUCCCCCUGGGCCAACAGGAAAAUACCCUCCAUCCUUUGCAACAUGCACAGUUGUGUGUGUGUUUUUGUGUCUGUUUUGGUGUUUUGUGAGUAUAGCUGGCUUUUGAAGAAAAAGGUAAGGUAUGUUUAUCUCUUAGAGUUAGGGGUAGGUGUUAGGUAGGAUGUGUGGACCUUUUCACUCAAGAUGUCCAUGAACUGCUAGAAGUCAGAACUGAGUAACAGCACCAUCAUUACCCUGUGCUGUUCCUUCAGUGCUGAAAAUGAAGUAUCAGGUCAAUACGGGCUAUUGGUCUGAACAGAAGGGGUGUUCAGAAGUAAAGAUUUGAGAUGGGACAGUUUGAAGGCUCUGGGCCUUAAAUGCCUGUUGUGGUUCCUUUUCAGGGGGCAACUACAGCUGUAAUGAAGCUUUUAGCUUUGCCUGUGUGCUUUAGCAAAAGGCCUGUCCAUGCAUGUCUGAGGCUGUGAGGCAGGCAGGGGGAGAUGAUCUGGGAUGUCAUCGCUAAGACCGUGGUAGUUUUACUUUGGGUGGGUUCUGUCCUGUACAGGUGGUGGGGUAGAGCCAAUCUCAGGAUGCUGUGAAGAAGCCCCUGGAGUUUGUCCUGGAAAGUUGCUCUCACUGCCUCUAACAGUUCUCUGCCCAGCUCUGCAUCCUGCCUUGCUCUGGCCUGUCCACAGGUCUUUUAAUAGCACUGGGGCAGGGGGAAAUUUGAAAGUAUGAUGUACUCUCUGCCUUUGAUACAUACUUGGUGCUUUCUUUUAUGUUGUGAACUAAUUUACCUCCAAUUAAAGGCAGAAGACUCUAAA